ACUCACAUUUCCCGGCGGCACACGGAAGUUUGUUAUGUUUUCUCGUAGUGAAGUUUUGUCCUGUUUUGUCGAAUUUUCAUAAGUAUUUACUCACUACAUACUAUCAUUUACCUUUUUUAUACACCCUGAUGUCAUCAAUAAUAAUUUCAUUAUCGAAUUUUGUCGGAGUGUCAAUCUAGUAGCCCAUUAAGUGUUCUCUCAUCUUAUCUACACUCUUCAUCUUGGACGAGAGCAUUUAGACUUAUCCUUUUUUUUCUGUAUCGCCUUUUGGUAAGCAUCUCUACACUUAUAUACUUUAUUAGAGUUGUGAAGAAUGUCCUCUAGUCAUGAUGAUACCUCAGAUAAAGAAAACAAGGAGAAGAAAAAUGAAGAUCCUGGGGAAAGAACUCGAAAAAGGACAGACUCUCGCUCUAGUAGAUCAAGUGGAAGCAGCGGAAGAAGCUCAUCUAGUGGCUCUGAUUCUUCAAGUGGCUCCUCCUCAUCAGGUUCAAGCUCAAGAUCUGACUCUCGAUCUAGCAGAUCUUCUUCGAGUUCCUCCAGUGUUGCAGCAGAUGCCUCUUCAUCUACUAAGAAACAAGAAACCAGAAAGAGAAGUGUCAGCAGAAGUCCAAGAAGAAGUGCAAGUAUUCGACAAAGUAGGAGCCCCGGAAAAAGGAAUGUAAACCCCAACAGGAGGAGUCCUAGUAGAAGUCCUGACAGGAGGUACCGCAAAGACAAUUUAAAGAAAGGAAGGUCAGGAAGGAAUGAUGCUGAGUCUGACAGGCCUCGAUCUGUCUCACCGAAGAGACGGCGAAAGAGAACACCCUCACCGAAACCACCCAGAGUUUAUGUCAGCAAACUCACACGGAAUGUGCAUAAAGAGCAUGUCAAUGAAAUUUUUUCCAAUUACGGUCAGAUCAAAAUUCUUGAGAUGCCCAUGUUUCGGCAGUACAAUGGAUUUUGCAACAAGGGUUUUGCUUACGUUGAAUUUGAAACUCUAGAAUCAGCUAACAAAGCACUGCGGAUGGAUGGAGGUCAGAUUGACGGACAAGAAGUAGCUGUUGAACUAGCCGAUUUCACUCAUCAGGCCACAGACAUACGGCGACUCCGAACUCCUCCUCCUCAGAGAAAUGACUUCUUUCCACGAGGUGGUAGAGGUUGGAGACGCGGCCCCCGAUUUUUCCCAAGAGGUAGGAUGCGUUCACCACCAAGGAGGUGGUCGCCGAUACGACAGCCAAGACGCAGGUCAAGAUCUCCAAUACGUCAUCGUCAGUAUAGCAGAUCUAGUUCAGAUGAUUCUCGCUAGAGAAAGUUCUGAGUAUGUUUUUUAUUUUAAUGAUAACUGUGAGCCUGAGCAAAAAGAUAACAUGUUUUGAAAUCGAUUGUAUACUUAUUAAUAAGUACUAAUACUUAUAAGUACUUUACUUAUUAUAUACUAAUAUGUAAAUGAUAUUAUUAAUCUUGUUUCUUUCACUUGAAUUGGAUCUAUCUAAAAUUAACAAGAGGCCAAAAUGCUACUUUGAAUUUUCAGGAAGUUUACAAAUUUAGUUAUUUCAGUUCACCUCCUUUUCUUUGUUCAUACUUAUUGUAAAAUGCAGAAAUAAACAGAAUGAAUGUACGCCAAGUC